UGCAAGGUCGAUUCUCAGCAUUUUCUACGUGUUCUCAUCAUGGAUGCGGUUGUAUUUGCAGACGGCGCGAGCGAACAAGAGAAAAAUGAAAGCUUCACAAUUGUUGGACGUUAUAUACAGAAAGGACUUGGCAAUAAGAAAACCGUUGAAGUUUACGAUGAAACCAGCCAAAGUUACGAUAAGGUUGUGAAAGUGGCUAACUACAAUGGACCGAGAGAAUUGGCAAAAUCUAUGGAAGAAUUGUUUCCAAACAACAAACACAAACUAAAGAUUUUGGAUGCUGCUUCCGGUACUGGACUUUCUGGAGAGGCGUUGUAUAAAGCUGGAUUUACAAACCUCGAUGGUGUGGAUGCCUCAGAGAAGAUGUUGGAUUUAGCGAAACCGAAAAACAUCUAUCAGAGUCUGAUCUGUGAAUACCUGGGAGAAAAUAAACUACGAACACACGUAAACGAUCGUAUCUAUGAUGCAGUGACUAUGUGUGGAGGAGUUGGACAAAAUCAUGCUCCUUGGUCUGCUUUCGAAGAACUCGCCUCUGUAGUAAAGCCAGGUGGUCUGCUUCUUCUAGUAACACGGGAGAAAAUGUUUGAUUGGGUGGACGAGCAGGGGAAUAACGCGAAUCGCAUGUUCCGAAAACUGACUGACGAGGGGAAAUGGAAACUGGAGUCAAAGAAAACUUUCCCUGACUUUCUAUUUGGUGAUGAAGGAGUUAAAGUCGUGUUCAGAAUGCUAUAAAUGUAAAUAAAUAG